UAUAAUGUUCUAUUACGCAUUUUCUCUGAACAAAUUUAUGAUAUAAAAUAUCUUAGGCUUUUUAGAUCUCCUGCAAAGUUCCAUUCAAUUCCCUGUAAAUUUAAUUGCAUUUAAAAAUUCCAAUUUUUAGUCUUAUAACUAUAAAAUUAUUGAAAAUGAUUAAUAAUUUGGCAGUAAAGUUAGUGACAAUUGAGAGAAAAUGUGCGAUGUUACAAAUGCAAUAAAUACAUGUACACAAACACACACACCAAAAUACUUCCAUUCUAGGAGACACGUCUGAAAUAAAUGGUAAAAAAUUGUCUAAUAUAUAGUAAAAAAUAUGUCUAAUAUAUAGCAGUGUGUCAAUUAUAACAAAAUAUAUUCACAAAAGUGUACACAUACAUUUAAUCCGCAGGAUAGUGUGAAUCCUUUAGAACAAAAAAAUUUUCUUUUUUAUAGUUUAUGAUUCACGAUACUAUGUCAAUAAUGUAUCCCAAUGAAAUAUACGUGUGUAUGUUAAAUUGACUAUUAAUUUUCAGCUUUGCCUUAGAAUUUAAUUUUAAACACACACACACAUUAAAUUAUUUUACUCUGUGUUAGUCCCAUAAAUAUUGGUCAACAUUAAUUUUAAUUAACUCAUUAUAAUAUUCCUUUUUUUCUUAUUAAAUAAAACUAUUAGAAGAACAGGUGUGUUAUUAACAGAAUUAUAUUUUUCAAUUUUACUUACAAGAAUUAUUUAUUUACUUACAUCAGGAUAUCUUUCUGAUGGAGUCCUUUAAUUUGGAAUCCUUCCAUAAUAAAAAUACUUAAAAAAUAUAAUAAAUAUUUAUAUUUCGUAUGUUCCGCUCCAGAGCCUCGUGUCCACGAUAACUAGACUCGGCCGAGAGCUGUGUAGCCAAUCAACGUGCAGCUUUUACGGAAAAGCAGUAAUCUUACUUAACUAUGCAUCGAGAUCCGAGAACUUGGAUCGAUUUCUAGUAGCGUGGACACAUGGCUUUAAGGAAAAAUUAAUUACACGAGAUUCGUUCAUGCUGCUUGCAUUUCAAGUCUUCUUCGCUUUCUUUAUCUCUCCCGAAUAUACAAUAUUUGUCUCGUUUGAGAGCGCAAAAGUGGGGGAGCAAUGCGAAUCAUAAUUGACACUCACGGGUUCAAAGUCACUAGACGCACACGCGCUUUACCAGAGAGGAGGAUCCUCUCUGGCUUUACCACCCUGACUGCCGUUGGUUAUUGCGCAAUGCGCAACUGUUGCAAAACACGCGCCACGUGUAUCCGGUGCAACACCUCGUGCACCUCUUGAAUUACGCGGAUAAUUGCGGUGCAAUUGAUAUAUUGACAACCGCACCGAGAAACAGGCAUACAGGCGUCCAUGAUUAUUGUGUGUGUCUCUCUCUCUCUCGGUCCACAUCGUCCGUCGAUCAAUCGUGCCGCAACUGCCACGCGUGUGGCGGCGUCUUCUUUUACCGUUUCCCGACGAGGCGCACUUUGAAUCGGGCCAAUUGCGCUUUUCCUAGGGCAACAGCCACCCCGUGAUUGGUCUGGUAAGAGUAAUAAUAAGUAAUAAAAGACACUAUCGCGUCAAUUGUCGUCUGUUGGUACACAAACACAAGACCGUAGGAAUGCGGUAUGCCGGGUCGGUGUGUGACUGUGACCGCGCGGUGUUUCCUACUACCAUUCGGCAUUCACUAGCUGCGUUUGAACUUGUACCAGUGGCGUCUAUCAACGUGUCUCUCGUAUUAUUCCCAACUGUAGAGAGUUCCCGAAUUCUCGCGCGUGUAGAUCCAGACGUAGAUCGUGACGGGACAAUCGGCUUGAGGCUCUCGUCGCGGAAAUACCGAAACAGUCAACUUCAAUAGUUUCCUGUUUUUAUCGUUAAACCAAAAUGUCCAAGCGAGAUAGAGAGAGAAGUUAUGAUAACUCAGAACCAUCAACCAGUAGUGGACAUCGCAAGAAGAAACCUUAUGACAGGAGCGAUUCGGAGCGUUUUGAAAGAAAAGAAUUAAUAAAGACUGUCAGCGAGGAUGAUUAUUUUGCAGCAAGUACAUCUUCAUCUUCAAGAAAUGUGCCGAUGGUUGAACCAAGUAAAAUUAAAACUGAAAUCAAAACUGAAAUUGACGAAAGUGAAAAUGCCGGAUCAACACAAGGGACACGUAGUCGACGUAAGAUGGAACCUAUUUUUGUUUCUAGGCCAAGUACCUUGGUAGAUAAAAAAGGCAAAAUAGGGGCUGAAGUAAAUCUAGAGUCAAAUCACUUUAAAUUAAUGACAGUACCCAAUUGGUGUCUUUAUCAGUAUCGGGUUGAUUUCGUACCUGAAGAAGAUCGUACGUUUGUCCGUAAAGGCAUGCUUAGAUUGCAUAAAGAGAAAGUUGGUCCGCAUAUCUUUGAUGGAACUCUGUUGUAUACAAAUACCCGUUUACCAGAUAAAAUGGAAUUUCUUACAAUGAGAAAAUGCGACAAUACACCCGUCAAUAUUACUAUAUGUUUAGUUGGUACUUUGUCGCCGGAGGAUCCGCAUUAUAGCGUCAUUUUCAAUAUAAUAAUGAGAAAGACCUUGGAAUAUUUACAAUUACAACUGGUGGGCCGUGACUUUUAUGACGCUAAGAAUAAAAGUGUUGUACAUCAACAUAGAUUGGAAUUGUGGCCUGGCUAUAUUACAGUCAUUAAACAACAUGAAUACAAUAUUCUAAUGUGCGUCGAAAUAACGCAUAAAGUAAUGCAUCAAGAAACAUUGUUGCAUGUAUUGAGGAAGUGCUACGACAGACGUAGGCAUGAUUAUAAGGCCGAUUUUUGUAACAGCGUAAUUGGAAUUAUGGUACUUACGGAUUACAAUAACCAUACAUAUCGUAUUGAAGACGUGGAUUUUGAUACGAGUCCUUCCUCGACAUUUCCCAUGAAAAAUGGUCAACAUGUAUCUUAUCAAGACUACUACAGGAAUAAAUAUAAGAUUGCAAUAUCAGAUGCUUCGCAACCAAUGUUAGUAACAAGAUCAAAGCCAAAACAACGAAAUGCAGGUCAGGGAGAUCUUGUUUAUCUAGUCCCCGAAUUGUGUCGCGCUACAGGUUUAAAUGACAGCAUGAGGGAGAAUUUUCAGCUUAUGAAAGCAUUAUCCGCGCAUACUUGCAUUGGACCUGACUCCCGUAUUGACAAACUGAUGAAAUUUAAUAAUAGACUUCGUCAAGAGCCAAAAGUCGUGCAAGAGUUUAAAGAUUGGAAUAUGACAUUAGACAGAAAUUUACUUCGAUUUAAGGGUCGUGUAUUGCAGCCCGAGAGACUUUUAUUCGCCGAGAGUAAAGUUACCCCUUCUGGGGUAGGAGACUGGGGAAGGGACAUGCAAAGAAUGCGUUUACUACAUUGUAAAGAGUUGAAAAACUGGACACUAGUGGCAAAUGGACGCGACCAAUAUAGUGUAGAGAGGUUUAUACAAAAACUACAGCAGGUGUCAUAUCAAAUAUCAUUCAGAAUAAACAAGCCGAGCGUACAAUGGUUAACACGCGAAGAUAAGGCAAGCACGUAUGUUGAGACUCUCGAGUACAUUCUUAGUAAAAGUGUCCCGGAAUUAGUAUUCUGCGUAGUGAGCAAUAAUCGCAGCGAUCGUUAUGCAGCUAUUAAGAAGAAAUGCUGCAUAGAUAGACCUGUGCCGUCACAGGUUUUUCUACAAAAGAAUUUAGAUGGCAAAAAUGCCAUGAGCAUCGCUACAAAGGUAGCGAUUCAAAUGAACUGCAAGUUGGGCGGAGCCCCUUGGACUGUCGAGAAUUCGGUAAAGGGAUUAAUGGCUAUUGGUUUUGAUGUAUGCCGUGACGCAACCACUAAGGGCAAAAAUUAUCUGGCUAUGGUGGCAACUGUUGACCAAAGAUUGACGCGAUACUUUAGCUUAAUUGAUUUGUACGAGGGGCAUGAAAAUCUUGGAGAUCAACUCUGUGCGAGUAUACAUAAGGCUGUGAUGGCUUACAAGAACUAUAACAAUGCUUUACCCAUGCGUAUAAUUAUCUAUCGCGAUGGUGUUAGCGAUGGUCAGCUCCGUCAAGUUUACGAAAAUGAAGUGCAAAAGCUGACGAGGAAGCUCGAGGAGAUGUAUUAUGGACCAAAUUUCAAGAUGGCCUUUAUCGUCGUGACCAAAAAAAUUAACGUUCGACUUUUCGAUAGGAACAAUCGAGGAGGCAAUCCUAAGAUCGGUACAAUUGUUGACGAUGUUAUAACGGAUCCGCUUAAAUAUGACUUCUUCCUUGUAUCGCAGCAGGUUAGACAAGGCACAAUUUCGCCAACGUCGUACAACGUUAUUUAUGACAAUACCGAUUUAGAUCCAACAACGAUGCAAGCCACCACUUUCAAAUUAACUCACGUAUAUUAUAAUUGUUCGAGCACCGUUCGCGUGCCAGCUCCUUGUCAUUACGCGCACAAGUUGUCAUUGUUAGUGGGUAAAUUUAUUCAUAAGCCUCCAAAUACCCAGCUGCAGAAUCAACUGUAUUUCUUGUAAGAAAAGUUACGUUUAUUUUUUUUUUUCAGUAUACAUUAUAAGAUGUUUCGUUUUUCAACAAGAAAAUGCUAACACAUAAUUUAUGUUACACCGUAUCAUAUUUGAGCUAUGUAUAAUUGCAAAUUUUUGAAAAAUCACAUACACUUUUUAUUUGAAUAAUCAAUUGUUACUUCUUUCUUGUUGAAAAAGCUGUAUGACAUCUACGGCUGAAACUUAAGAUUAAGAAAAGUGGUUAAAGUGUGUUCAUUUUAUUUUUAUAUUUUCUAUGUAAACCACUUAUAUAUACUGUGCCAAACACUGUUCCAAGUAUGUAUUGUUAUUAAGAAUAAUCCGCGAAUAAAAUAGUUAUUAUGAAAUGCA